UUAGUUGUUUUUUUAUUAUUAUUAUUUUCCCGCCUCGCGUGAAGGUUUUUUGGAUGAAUUGGUGUUGGAGCGUGCACGAUGCUGAGCGCCGUUAAAAUGGAGGGACACGAACAUCCGGACUGGAGCAGCGGCGGAUACUACGGAGAGACCGAGUGUUACACCACAGCGGGAAACAUGAACUCCGGUCUGUCCAUGAACUCCAUGAGCAGCUACAUGAGCGCGCCUGGCAUGUCCAGCAGCGGUCACAUGAACGCGCAUUAUGUGAACCCGGUCGGGGUCAACCACUCCUCGAUGCCCGCCGGGUUGUCGCAGAGCCCCGGGGCUGUGAUGCAGUCCGGGGGCGGGUUAACGGGCCUGGGCGCCGCGCUGCCGCCGAGCAUGAGCUCCAUCAGCCCGCCGCCGUACGGGAGCAUGGCGCCGGUGAUGAGCCCGGUGUACGGUCAGGCGUGCGGGAUCCGAUCCAGGGAGCCCAAACCGGCCUACCGGCGGAACUACACGCACGCCAAGCCUCCGUACUCGUACAUCUCACUGAUCACCAUGGCCAUCCAGCAGUCGGGCAGCAAGAUGCUGACACUGAACGAGAUCUACCAGUGGAUCAUGGACCUGUUCCCGUUUUACCGGCAGAACCAGCAGCGGUGGCAGAACUCCAUCAGACACUCGCUCUCCUUUAACGACUGCUUCAUCAAGGUGCCCCGCUUACCGGACAAACCGGGGAAAGGCUCCUUCUGGGCCCUCCACCCAGACUCCGGGAACAUGUUUGAGAACGGCUGCUACCUCCGGCGGCAGAAGCGCUUCAAGCUCGGGAAAAGAGCCGGUGGAGGUGACAAGGAGUCGGCGGGGAAGGCGGGCACGGAGGGCGGCUCGGUGACCGCCACCGGCACCACCACCGGCACCAGCAGCAGCAGCGGCUCCGACUCCGACUCCCCGCACUCCUCCUCUUCUCCCCCUCCGUCCUCAGAUGGAAAGGGAGUCGGGGUCGACCUCAAAGCGCACCGGGGUGAACAGUUGCCCUCCAGCCCCGUGCGCGUGCCCUCCCCGCUCGCGCACAGCCAGCACCUGUUCUCCCAUCCCCAUCACCACCACCACCACCACCACCACCCGCUGCUGCUGCACGAGGCCGCACACCUGAAACCGGACCACUACCACCCCCACCACUACUCCUUCAACCACCCGUUCUCCAUCAACAACCUCAUGUCCGAGCCGCAGCACCACAAACUGGAGCCGGUGGUGCAGUACGGAGGCUACGGCUGCCCGGUGUCCGGAGCGCUGGUGGCGGCGAAAACCGGUCUGGAUCCCGCGUACACCGACACCAACUACUACCGCGGCGUGUACCCGAGGCCCAUAAUGAACUCCUCCUGAAGAACCGACGGACUUUUUACACUGAAAACAUUUAUAAAUGUGAGGAAAAAAAGGCUUAACGUGUUUUUUGCAAAUGUUUUUUUUUUUUUUCCACACUUCAUCAUUUGUCAGUUGUGUUGUUUGUAUAUGUGCAACAGAUAAAAGUCUUUAUAUGAAAACCAA